GUAUGUUGUUGAGGCUUCGAGGGAGAACAAACGAUCAAAAUCUAAAGCUUGCUGUCAAAAAAGGUAGAUUCUAGGCUAAUUUUUUUUUUACAAAAACUUACUGGAUGCUCAAGAUGUUGAUUAUGCAGGAAUUAUUUGGCAUAAAUUGAUUAUGCCCAAACAUAGAUUCAUCUAUUGGCAGGUGUGGAAUAAUUAACUUCUAACCAGAGAUAACUUGAGAAAUUUUUUGCCUAUUGCUACUGACUUAUGCCCAGUUUGUGAGAAGGAAGUUGAGACCCAUGCCCACUUAUUUGUGGACUGUAUGUACACUAAAAGAAUAGCUGCUGCUAUUAGCUGUUGUUAUGGCAUUAUCAAGUGGUCGAGGGACAUUAAGGAGCUUCAAAAUGGUUGCCCGAAAGCUGUUUUUAACUUGAGAAAUCAGCUGCAGAAUGUUGUUAAAGCAGCAAUGAUCUAUUUUGUUUGGAGAAACAAGAACCUUUGUGUUUUCGAAUCUAAGUGUUUGACAAUCAGUAGUGUUACUAAGGAGAUUCAAAAGGAGGUCAAGUAUAGAGUGGUAGGAUUAGUUUGUAAAAGAGUAAAAAAAAAAUAUUAAUUAUGUACUAUCGGUUAUAGAAAGUUAGUAAUUUUUUAAGAGUUCGAGCAACUUUUGUUGGCUUUAGGUUGUACUUGCUUCAAUUGUGAAUAAAAUUUUUGUUGGUUCAAAAAAGAGUAAUUGGCGGCAACCCCCCCACCCCCAAACUAUCAAUUUACUUGUAAAAAAUUAUCCAACCUCAUAUUUUGGUGGGGAAACCCUCCAAAGUGCACUUCCGUUUACAUUUUUAAGGUGUCGUCAGUCUAACCUCGUUAAGUCCUAAUUUUUCUCACGUGGCAAUGACAGGUCAUUCAUUUAUUGGCCAAUGUGGCAAUGACAUGUCAUUUACUAAAUUUAAAAUAAAAAGUAAACACUUAAAAUAAAUAUCAUAAAUCAACUUUAAUAAAUCUUUUAUCUGAAAAAAAAAAAUAAUUACAUAAACUAAACUUAAAACUAAAACAAACAUCCAACAAAACUUAAAUAUAAAACAAUACCUGUGAAAAUCAAAAUCAAAAAUCAAAAAGAAGAAGGAAGAAGAAGGAGACGAAGACGAAGACGAAUCAGAAAUCAAAAGAAGAGGGAGACGAAGACGAAGAUGAAGACGAAGAAGAAGUUUGGGGAGAACAGAAGAAGGAGACGCUCGCACCAGAAGAAGACUAAAACUAAGAAGAAGAGGAAGACGACAGUGGAGACGAAGAGGAGAGGAAGAGAGAGUGAGGGCUUCAAACUAGGUGGCAGGGGGUUGCAAUGGCAUUUCGAAGGCGGAACAAGGAUGAUGCACCUCCUAAUUACAGAGGCAAUGAUGAUCUAUUUACUGUGAAACUAUUUCAUGGGGGUCGGUGGUUUACUCCAUAUGGAAAUUUAAGGUACGAGGGAGGGGGUUUACAUACUUCGACAACUGUGAAUUUGAAAGUUUCAAUAGGCAAAAGUUAGAAGAAAUGGCUAUAGGUUUAAAUUAUAAAUUCCCUUUUGGUUUUCCAUUCAAGCCAUAUAAGAAGCACUUGAACAUGGGCAUAAGGGUUGUAGAGGCUAGUAUUAUCUUAGAUGACUUAAGAGAUAGGAGAUACAGGAAGGCUCAAGUUUAUAUGGUUAUGCCAGAACCUAUUGUGGAUCUAGAGUGGAAAGAAGGCCCGGAAGCUCUAAGACACAUACUAGAUUCUCAAAAAUUGCAUAAAUGCACAAUAGAAGACUUCAAGUUUGCUUUGGGAAUGGAAUUUGCAAAUAUAACACAACUCACAACUGCUCUCAAAGAACAUUUCAUUCACAUGUGUAAAGAGUAUGUUCUGAUAAACAAUGAUAGUAGGAAGUUUAGGGCCAAAUGCAAAGCAAAUGGGUGUCCAUGGCUUGUUCAUGCUCAUGUCCAAGAAGAUAAGAGGACAUUUAAGGUGACAUCUUACAAGGAAACUCACGAUUGUGGAAUAGCAUUGGAUAAUAGACACAUUAAUGCCAGAUGGUUAUCAAAGUAUUUCCUAGACCAGUUUCGGAUGCAUCCAAACAUGGACUUCAAAUCCUUCAAGGAGAUGACAAAAGACAGCAAGUUCUCAAAGGUAACUGAGUCUCAAUUUUAUAGGGCUAAGAAUUAUGCAAGGGCUCAGUUAGAGGGAUCGGUAGGUCAACAAUAUGCUAUGUUGGAGGAUUAUUGCAAUCAGGUUUUAGCUACAAAUCUUGGUAGCACAGCUAAGAUUCAGACUAACCUAGUUGAUGGAAAAAGAAUAUUCAAAAGAGUAUACAUAUGCUUGAAGGCCUACAAGGAUGGAUUUUUAAGAAGGUGCAGACCACUGAUAGGUUUAGAGGGGUGUUUUCUUAAAGGUUAUUGCAAAGGAGUGUUGUUGGCAGCAGUUGGGAUAGAUGAGGCUAGCUGCAUAUUUCCAAUAGCAUAUGCAGUUACAGAAAAAGAGACAACUAGCAGCUGGACAUGGUUCUUAGAGUUGUUGAAGGAUGAUUUGACACCAACUAACCCUAACACAUUCACUAUGAUGAGUGAUAGGAAAAAUGGUCUCCAAAAUGCUGUGGAAUCUAUAUUCAACACCCCGGACAGUCGCUUUUGUGUGAGACACAUGUAUGGAAACUUUAAAAAGGACUAUCCGGGACUCGAGUUGAAACAGAUGCUUUGGGCAGCAGCUAGAGCCACAACACCAGCAGAGUUUGACUCUAGAAUGGAAGAGUUAAAGAAUUAAAAUGAGAGUGCUAACAACUGGUUGGCUGCUAAACCACCAACAGAAUGGACAAAAUCACAUUUUAAAGAGGGAGUCAAAUGUGACAUGUUACUGAACAACAUAUGUGAAAGUUUUAACCACGCUAUCAUGGAUGCAAGGGACAAGCCAAUAAUUACUCUUCUAGAGAGUAUAAGGUUCUGGUCGAUGUGUCGAUUUUGCAAGAGAAGAGAAUCUGUGUUGAGGUGGACAGAAACUGUCCACAACAAUAUUGUGAAGAUUGUCAGACAACGGCAGAACGUUUCACGACACUGUUCAGUUACACGUGCCAAUGCAACAAUGUUUAAAGUUAGGAUGAACAUUGGAGGUGCAUUUACGGUUGAUUUGGAUAAAUGAACUUGCACUUGCAGAGUAUUCCAGCUCUCAAGAAUACCUUGUGGACAUGCUUUGGCUGCUAUUUGGUUUUGCAACCAUCAUCAAUGGGGUUAUAUUCAUGAUUACUACCAGAAGCAAGCAUUUCAAGCUGCUUAUGAAGGCACAAUAUUUCUUAUGUCUAGCCCAGACCAAUGGCCCAACAAAGGUCAUAAUCCGAUCUUGCCUCCUGGAGACCACAACCUUCCGGGCAGACCAAGAAAGAAGAGAAAGAGAGCAGGUGAUGAGCCACCACCACCAACUUCAACUAAAACCAGGCAAUUUGGACUGGUUAUGCAUUGCUCCAACUGCAAAGAAGCUGGACACACAAAAGCCAAAUGCAAAAAACUAAAGACUACAACCCCACAGACACAGGUGGAGAAGAAGAAAGGAGGUCGCCCACCUUCCAAAAACCCAAGUGAGGAAACUUUGAAGAGGAGGAAGAGGAACGAGAAACAGUUGGCAAGGGAGACAAGGGAUAAUGCACAAGCAGCUCCAAAUGCAGGGUCUUCCAAUCCUACAACUUGAUAUAGCACACCACUAAAUUAGUGUUUGAAUUGUAAUUGUGUUUUUUUUUUUUGUUAUGUAAGUAAGUACUGGAUGUAUGAAUUGUAAGCAGUAUAUCCUACUUUUUUUUGGAUGCUGCUUAAUUUAGUGAGCUCCAUGUUUUAGGAUGCACACAUGGACUAUGUGAAUUAGGAGUUGCUGCCAUUGAAUGUUCUUUUUUGGGUUAAGUUAAGUGAACAUCAGGAACUUAUUUUGUAAUGAACUAUAAACUAUUGACAAAUAAAAAAUUGGAGCAAACUUUUGCCUUCAUUUUAUU